AUGGAUAAAUUAAUCAAGCUACGGCCUAAUCUUAUUCCUAGAUUGCUCAGACCUGAACCAAAAGUGUAUAAGUUCUUUAACAAGCCUAUUUACCUAGUCAGGACAGAAAAAGAACUCCAAGAAAACGUCCUUUGUUUCAGAUGUCCUCAAGAACUCACAAAGCCUGAACUUAGACAAGUUUUUACAAAAGUCUACGGGAUGAAAUUAAAAGCUGUCAGUACUUUUAAUCAUAUGGGGAAAAUUGCAAGGAAUAGAACUAAUGGGCAUUAUAGGAAGCCUGAUUACAAGAAAGUGUAUGUGGAAUUGGAACAUGAAGCCCCUCCAUAUCUCCAAUACUUUAAAAACAUAUAA